GCCUCCGUGGGAAGUUCCUUUUACAGUUUGAAGAUCCAGACUUUGGGAAUGAGCUCUGCAAUUUGACAGACAUCAAGGACCUACCAACUGAACGAGCCACACUGAAAGUUCUGUUCACGUUUUCUGAACCAGUUUCUGACUCGACAUUAGAUACUGCAAGCCUUAGUUCCCAGAAUAGUGCAAGCCCCAGUUCCCAGAAUAGUGCAAGCCCCGAGCCCCCUCGUAGUGGUGAUUCUUCAGAAUGGCCUGAUCACUUUGUUAUUUCAGAUUUCUCCCAUGACGUUGAGUUUCAGCUGAGGGUAGCAAAUGAUGCCUAUGCCAAGGAUGGAGCUGUGAUGGUCAUCUCAAAGAGUGUGAAGAGUGAAAUACUGGACAGACUGGCUGAUAGCAUAACCAGAAUCACUUGCUAUCCAAGUAAAGACAAUUUAGAAAGCGUAGCCAAAGCUCUUGUUGCAAAGCAUCCUUGUCUCAGGGAGCCGGGUUCAGGUAAAGGAUGGUACUGCUGGAGAUUCAGCCUGAUAUUCAAGAUGGGCAAUUACCGUCAGAGGAUGAUGGCAGCUGGAUGCCCUGAAGUUCUUGUAAAUAAAAGAAAAAGAAAGGGAAACACCAAGCCAGUCAAGAAGGCAAAAAAGGGAGAGAUCAACUACUUACCAGAGCCACCUGAUGGACAAAGUACUGUUAAAUCAGAUAAGGAUCGUGAGACCAUGCUUUUGGAAGUGCAGAAGAGAGAGCCAGAUUUGCACCUGCUCGAUGAAUUGAUGACUGCAACAUUCUCCCAGCGAAGACAAGAGAUCAUUGGUGACGAGCCACUCAUUUCUGCAGUCAAGGACAGGUGGCCUGCAUUGUUUAGUGAGAGACAGCUCAGUGCUGAGUUCAGUAGAAUCGUCACCAAAGACCUGCUGGAGUCAUUCCUGGAUGGACUUGAUGCCUUGGUGCCAGGUGUUCUACAAAUGUACGGAGAAGCUGCUGCAUCAGGCAGGAGGUUGCGCCUGAACAGUAUUCUCAGUUGUCUUCAAAAGGAGGCUCAUGGUGAAACCCUUGACGUGCUAAUGAGCGGGAUGCAAGUUGGACUGUUGAUUGGACACGAAGGCCCUCUGCAUGAUGCAUUUCCAUUGGAUGUUUUCAACGUGGCUCUGGUAAUAGAGGAGAAGAUAAUCCUACAUGACCUCCGAGAUGUGUCCACAGGCUUUGCCAUGUUACUGGGUGCAAUCUACUGCCUAAACCUUGAGUACCCACGUAAUAUGAAGUAUUCUUUUGAGUUCCUUCAGAGGGUUGUCAUGAACAUUAAACCGGACCAAUGUUCAGCCAGAAUCCAUGGACUGAGAAAUAAAAUGCUUAGAUAUCGCAUGUAAACAAAGAAAUGCACUUGUCAAGCAACUACUAGGAGGCAGCAGUUAUCUGGGAAGCUUGCCUUGUUCUUUACACUAGCAUACAGGUUUUCAUCGUUUUAGUUUGUUCAGCACAAGUCAGGUAUGCGUGACAGAUGUGUCACUUGUGAAGUUGAAAAAUCUGAAAUUGUUGAAAAAUCUAAAAUAGUUUAAAUGUGCAAAACAUUUUGAGGUAUAAUGAAAACAAACUUUUGUUUCGAAUUGUGGUUAAAGAAUCUUUUAGACGUGGAUGUUGAUGUUUUGUAAAGCUCUGCGUAUACCACAUUUUUCCUCUACAACUUCGCCAUACUUAUUCUCUCAUUCACAGUUUUAAAUUGUGUUCAAUUAACUGUUAAAUUAAGUGAAAUGUAAGUAAGUAUUUAUAAUGUACACCAUUGUUUUUGUUCAUAUGACGAUAUGGACCGGUUAUCUCACUUUUUGCCUCUUAUGACACCUGCCCAUCUGUCCCCCUUUCCUCAGCACUCUCGGUUGUCAACCUCAGUGAGGCCUGUUUUGAUGCAAAGACAUGUUUAAGAUGUAUCAAUGUUCCACAUUGUUCAUAUUCAUGUUGAGAUUUUAUGAUUAUCUGUUUACUAUCUCACAUACGUCAUUGUUCAACCUCACCUACUUUCUUUCUACGAGUCCACUCGCUGUCAGUCCACCCACCCUCUGUCUGUCUGUCUGUCUGCAAGUCCACCCUCUGUCUGACUGUCAUGUCUGUCUGCAAGUCCACCCUCUGUACAUUACAGAGACAUACAUUGGGUAUGGCAUGUUAAAACCUUUAACUUCUGUUAAAGUUUAUAUAAAUGUAUUUAUAAAAUAAAUGUUCUUGGACAACUGCAAGAAUUCAGUGUGAAGCUCUGUCAUUUACCAUGCAAGUUGAAACAAAUUUAGAAUUUUAAUCCUCUUAACUUUAAAUGAGGAGUCGUAUAAAUACGGCUAAGUUAGUUUAACUCAGAACUGUGAGUUACAAUAAUAAUGAAAUAUCUGUUUGUUUUACUAGCUAAAGAAUGUUAUUGUAUUGAUAAUGUUUAAAAAAAUGUUGUUUUAACUCACAGUAUCAAGUUUAAACAAGAUGUGAUUAAAAGUUUUCAUGUAUCAA